AUGGCUUUAACUACUCUGUAUAACAGCAUUGGUUAUCGUUCAGAAGCGUUAAGAAUACAAAGUUAUUCGCAAUGGCCCGAGCCAACGGUAUCUCCAGAAAAACUAGCAAAUGCCGGUUUCUAUUAUACGGGAGAAGGUGAUAGUGUUAAAUGUUUUGAGUGUGGUAUAGUAAUAUGUCAUUGGCUUCAAACCGACAACCCCGUGAGCGAUCAUAGGCGCUGGCAAUCAAAUUGUCGUUUUAUUCGCAACGUGCCUUGUGGUAAUGGGCCAAAAGACGUGGAUCUCAGUACAGUGUCGUCCGUAGAGCAAAACACAUAUCGGCCACGUUACGGUGAUGAGUUUAGACCUGGAGCCGUACCGUAUUCAAGUGGCUAA